CGCCAGAACUGAUUGGUUGGCAUUGGCAACGUUUUAGCCGCUUCCAACGGGGUCCUUAUUCUUAAUACAGAAAUUAAAGGGAAUUAUCCUUCAGAGUUAGGACCUGUGGCCCUUUUCAUCCUUUUAAAAUCCACUCACCCAAAGAGGAGCGAGGAGCUAGAAGUACAGACUCCAAACAGGAUGACCAGCUCAUCUGCUCCCAGGAUGGUGAACAGCUACAAGAGGACUUCAAGCCCCAGAUCACCGACUAACAGUGGGGAGCUUUUUACCCCGGCUCAUGAGGAAAACGUGCGCUUUAUACAUGAUACCUGGCAGUGUGUGCUCAGAGACAUCAGAUCAACACAAAAUAGUGAACGUAAUGAACGUGGACCACAGGAGUACGUGGAGAAGAACCCCAAUCCUAACCUACAUUCUUUCACACCAGUGGACCUGAGUGACCUAAAAAAGCGCAACACACAGGACUCCAAGAAAUCUUAGUGUUUCCUGUGAUGCUCUCAUCCCCUAUCCACCCCCCCACCCCCCCAUCCAUUAUUCUCAAGAACUUUUCAUUUAUCCGCUCACUUACAGCCAGAAACCUAAUGCUGUUGGCAAGUGUAACAGUCUUUUUUCUAUACUAUGGACCAUAGCUACCCAUGUUUUUUUAGCCUCUACAACCAAGAAGGAUUAAAAACAACUGGAAUUUCAAGGGGCACAAAUACUCCUCUCUCUUUGUUAUUUUCAUUUAGCAAUGUCUACAUAUUGACAGACUUGGUAUGGAUGGGACUGAUUGAUUUGUUCCUGAGGCACAAACUGAAGCUCAACAAGAUAAAGAAGAGUGAUGUCUUAAACACAAUUAGUAAUACUUAUUAAAUUACAUUUGAGGCUAUUGUGAAAGAGCUGACUUCUGGUUUGUUUUUUUGGGGGGGGGGGGGGGGGUUGUAAGUAGAUUGAUAAGUCAUAGAAAUUAUUGAGCAGUCACAUUGAACACAAACUUAUGGGAAAGUUUUGGAAGCCGAAGUACAAUAUAAGAAGCCCACCAUUUUUUUUACAUGAUGUUUUUUGCCCUUGACGGACUUUAUUGCCUAGAAAUUGCAAGUGUGCAGCCC